AUGGCAACUGAAGAAGCUCCGUCCUCUUCGCCGCCCCUCCACGGCGGAGCUGCUCUUAAUCCUCUUCCUCCUUCCACUGACAUACCAGCUUCAGCUUCUUCCGCUAUUGAUUUUCUCACCCUCUGUCAGCGCCUCAAGACUACGAAAAGAACUGGAUGGGUUCAGAGGAGAGUUAAGGAUCCGGAAUCCAUAGCAGAUCAUAUGUACCGAAUGGGAAUAAUGGCACUCAUUAGUUCGGAUAUUCCGGGCGUCGAUAGAGACAAGUGUAUAAAAAUGGCAAUUGUACAUGACAUUGCAGAAGCAAUUGUUGGUGACAUUACCCCAUUUGAUGGGAUUUCAAAGUCGGAAAAGAUUAGACGAGAACAAGAAGCAUUAGACCACAUGUGCAAAUUGCUUGGUGGUGGGUUGAGAGCCAAGGAAAUCGGUGAAUUGUGGAUGGACUAUGAAAAUAACAGUUCACCAGAAGCUAAAAUUGUGAAGGAUCUUGAUAAGUUGGAGAUGAUACUUCAAGCUUUAGAGUAUGAAAAUGAGCAAGGAAAGGAUUUGGACGAGUUUUUUCAGUCAACUGCGGGAAAGUUUCAGACAGAACUGGGACGAGCUUGGGCAUCUGAAAUAGUAUCAAGGAGAAGAAGGGACGUCAAUGACGGCGCAACAACCAAAAUUUCAGAGAAUUAAGAUAACAAUUUACAGCAAAAAUUUGAGGUUACAGUUUGUUUGGCAAAGAUUUAUUUCUUCUAUUUGAUUUUCUAUUCUCAUUGAUCAUUUUAAGCAAAAUCUCCAGAACUGUCAUCCAUAAUCAUUGUAAGCAUUUUUUUUGUUGAAUUGCAAGAGACCAUACUUGCAUCAUCCUAAGAAGCCAACACCUCUAAAUUAUGGUGUCAGUGAAGCCUACCCAAUGCUCCAGUUAGAUGUUGUGUCAUUAUGUGGUGGGUGUAUUGAGAUUUUUCCUUGAAUAGUUCUUGCAUCCAUUAUACUUCAAUGAUUCUCCUUUCCUAA